UGACAGCGUAACUGAGCAGUGGAACCCAUCUUGCACUGGAGAGUGGUAAGCUGCUUACGUCAUAAAAAGAAUCGGAUGCACACCAGAUCGAAAGUGGAUACGGUGGCCAACACCAGCGUGAAGGUACAAGCAUCUAAUCGUAAGCAAGACGAGCGAAAAACGCCUACCGUACGCGGUACGAUUAUUAAAUUGGUUGCGAGCAUUUAAAACGGCACGACGGGAAGCUAUUUUUAAAAGCACAUCCAACCGCAGCCGUACUCCGCAAACUAGGCCACACAGAAAGGGGGUCGCCUUUCUUUUGCUCCUGGCAAAAACACUUGCUGCUGAGAUCCGUUCGCACGGAAUGUGAAUCGUGCCGAGCGAGGGUGAACAAUAACAAUCCAACAACGCGUUGCGUUCUAGUAAAGAAGGAGGACCAAAAGGACACAGGACACACGGAAUAAAAAAAAACAUUUGACCAACAACAAUAGAGCGAAAAAGGGAAGAAGAAAAAAAAACAUUAUUCUGGUGCCCCGUGCUACACGUCCAUAUAUCCUUAGCACUCCCCCAACGACCACGGUAGUAAUAAGUGCGUGAAAGGCACCGAGCGAUCACCACCGGAAAAUACAAGCACUUAAAGGGGGCGUACUGCAAUGGGCGAACCGGAGUACGAGAGUGUGGUGCUGGUAAAGCAGGAAGUUUUUGUGUACAAAAUACCACCCCGGCAGAGCAACCGCAGCUACCGGGCGGCCGACUGGAACCUGCUCGACCCGAUCUGGACCGGGCGGCUGCGGAUGGUGGCCAAGGGACGGUCCCUGUGCGUAAAGCUGGAGGACAAGAGCAACGGCACACUGUUCGCCAACUGUCCGAUCGAGAGCUAUCCGGGCGUUGCGAUCGAGGCGGUGUCGGACAGCUCGCGCUAUUUCGUGCUGCGCAUACAGGACGGUAAUGGCCGGACCGCCUUUAUAGGGCUCGGAUUCGGCGAUCGGUCCGACUCGUUCGAUCUGAACGUCGCGCUCCAGGAUCACUUCAAGUGGGUGAAGAACGAGGAAAAAAUCGAAAAGGAAAAAGUGGAACCGAAGCAGCAGCUCGAUCUUGGCUUCAAGGAGGGCGAAACUAUUAAGAUCAAUAUGAAGAUUACGAAAAAGGACGGUUCGGAGGCAUCGUCUCGACUAACUGGUAAAAAAACGGGCGCGGGUGGUUUGCUGCCGCCACCUCCAGGUGGCAACAAAAUAAGUCCACCCCAGGCCGGUUCACCCUCCCAUCAGCAGCUGCCGGCCAGCUCAUCGGCCACGGCGGCAACAGCAGGCGGACAGACGGAAUGGGGCGAAUUUACUUCCGCUGGGGUGCAAAGCACAACGGCUGACGCAGCCGCAGCAACACCGAGCAAAACGAACGCCAACUGGGUACAGUUUUAAGCCUGUCCGUUGGUGCGGUCAGCGCAAGACAAGUCCGCUUUAUUUCUGGUAAGAAACGUCACCACAUCAUCAUCCUCAUCAUCAUCAUUAAGCGUUGAAAACCUGCGGCUAUAAACGAAAAACCCAAGCAUACCCGAAAACGCCGCGCUAUAUAUCUACAAGACGCGCUGCAAGCUGUACUUUAGUUUUCGUGAGGAAUAUGAUAUCGGACGUGCGUGAUCCUUUACAUUUAAAUCAACACAAAACACACAGAUUAACCACACAUACAAACACACACUUGUGCGAAAACAGAGUAAACAGGGCGAAAGGCACCUAUAUUAAGCGGCAAAGUAUCCUGAAAGGGUGGUAGAAUAGUGUUAUAGGUAUAGUUAAAAGGAAGAAGUUGAGAGAUCCGAACUAGGAUCGCGAAUAGACACAUAUUAUUUGAAUAUAACCAACACGCAUGCGUGCUGGAUGUGGCCAACGCUCAAGGGGCAAAGGGAUCACACCACAUCCGCGUGUUAUAUAUUCACAUGCAACACACAGCAAACAUGUUAUACCGCAUACCGCUUAUAUACGUAUGUAUGUAUUAGAUAUGGGUUUGGCAAAUGGAUAUCUAGCUGCAUAUGUAUAUAAUACACAUAAUCUGUAAUAACAAAGCUAUAUACAUAUAUGUGCUCGUAUACAUAUAGGAAAAAUAAUAGAAUACUUUCCGUUGCGCAGAAUAGCGUUAGGUGAAAAUGUAAUCACGCUGCGUUAAGAAUGUCAGCAACAAAAAGCAGUCAGAAAGGAUACCGAAGCAUAGCUAUAUAUACACAAACACUCCACACAUAUUUGGAACGGCAAUUCUUUUGCUGUUCAGGAGCAGAGAUAAGGGAAAGGAAACAAAACCAGUAAGUAGAUUCGCAUACUUAUUGUUGCUAUUGAGAUAUAAACACUUACUCCUCCUCCUUCCUCCAUUCCACUACCUUGAAACCAGCCCUAUCCAGAAAUCCUCCAUACAAGGUAGUAAAGACAAAACAAGCAGAAAGUAUAUGUUAUAUAACUAUUGUAGUGAGCGUCAACAAAACUGAAAGUUGUAGAAUUGGUAGAUCCACAAAACAAAACAAAAAAAGGCCCACAGGUAUGUCACAAAAGAAACCAGGAAAGCCUCUCAGAUGCGUGAACAGAUCGUGAUUUUGUUGAAUUGCUGAUAUUUGCAUGCAUGCAUAGGUUUUAGUUUUAAUUAUUACACCAGUUGCUGCGUUUAACGAAUCUAAGGCAUUUUGUUUAACAGAGGAUAAGUAUGCUUUGCGCUUUGUUGUUAAAGGCAAAAACAUACCGAAAGACAAAAUCGAUGUAUUAAUACUUAUAUGUUCAAUUUAAGACCAUCUUCAAUCGUGCAGAAUGGAAUCAUCACUACAGGCGAAACUCACACAGAAGAUUAUCUGUCUGUACAUAACGCUAAAACACACACGAAUCAAGCUGUGAAAUCGCAGCGAUUAAAUAUCAAAAUUCAAAAACAGGCUAUUUAAUGUUCAUCCUGUUCCUUUUUCUUUGCGAUUUCGUAUAUUUUUUUAAAAACAUAUUACUGUUCGCCUGGUGUUGGCAUACCUGAUCUUUAAAACGGAGGAUAGAUUAAAUGGAGGGUGCGUAAACGCGCAGGGCAAGGUGAAAAUUAGGUUUUAAAUGCAGCAAAAGAAAACACCUCCCCGAAGGUUUCCCACAGUGGAUAAAGGUGGAUUAGGGGUAAGUUAGAAAGGGGACGAAAUAAAGGCAAUAGGGCAAACGUAAUGUAACAGACACGGGAUUUAAAGAUCUGCCAGAAUUCGUCGGGGUAGUUUUUUUUUGUUUAUGGAUUUUGUUGUUCGCAAUGAGUGUGCGAAGAUUAAUAAUCAAAUCAUAAUCCACUAAUUAGCCUCCGUGCGUAUGACGGUGGAUGGUGUGACUUUGGCAUUCCUUAGCAUUUGUUUUCUUUGUGUGUUUGUCUAUGCAUUUUUUUUUGUUUAAUUGUUUUGCAUGUAGAUUGUGUUUGUUUUUUUUUCCUUUGAGGGUAUCCAUUUAGGACCAGCGAUAGGCUAUUUGUUAAUUUUGCAAAUGUAAGCUACGAAUAUUUAAAAAUUGAAAUACGACCGCGCGAAAGUUAUUAGUUUUACAUGAUGUUGUAUUUUACCCCCUCACCCAGGACAACCCACUCCCCUCCCUCCCCUCCCCGGGUGCAAAUUCUUUCGUUUGUUGCAUUAUGGUAGAUUAAUUCUAAGUAGCAAGCGUGGAACAAUAGAAAAAAACUAGGAGAGAAGCGCUCUAUAGGGGGAAACGUAUGAGAUGAGCUCCUGGGGAGGGGCUGCUGAAAGGUAAAAUAAAAAAUGUCGAGAUGUUAAAUGAAACGAAUAAAACAAACGCUGUGUAUAGUUGGAUCACGGACAAGAUAAAUGCGUUAAACAAAACAGUAGCUGGAAGGUUGUUAUUAACUAGUAUUUGCUAGUGGAAUAUGUUCAUUCAACUGUUUUUUUUUAUG